AUGGCCCCCAAAAGACUCGACACAAGCCAGCCCAAGGGUGAGCGCGGUGACGGCGCAUCACUCCUCUCCCCCAUCGCAUACGACGACGACGCAGCGUCCCUGCAUUCCCGCAGCGACCAAGACACAGACAGCGAUGACGACCAGCUGCAGCUACGGGCGCGAAAUAGCCGCGAGCUGCGCGCUGCGGAUAGGAUUGUUCUCAUGGAAGAGGAGGAACUCGACCGUUUGGUCACCACGUCCAGACGGGAACAAGAGCGUCAGCGACGGGGCUCCGGGCUCUCGGUUCCCAGUGCGUUGAACAUCUUUGCCCGUCGAGGGAGCUCAUCGCAGCUGUCGUCGCCGAACGCCUCCAUGGAGAACUUGGUUUCCGAGAAGCGAAAGGCCAGGCGCUCUAGGAGAAAACAGAAGAGGAAUAGACUGAUCCAGGAUGCUCGUCAUGGCGAAGACGGCGAAUUAAUGUACGAGAUGGAGGAAGGUGGCAUGAAAGACGGCAGCUCCACGGGCGACAGCACCGAACGAGAAGAUAGCGGCGAAGCGGAUCGACGACGACUAAAUCUGGUGGCACAAGCUAGGGACAGCCGCGGCCGUAGUUGGCGCCGAUGGGUAUUUUGGCAUUCACUCAUUGCCAUUGGAUUUGCCAUUCUCGUCCUGGUUGCGUGGAAGUUGUCGAGAAAUCGUAGGAGUGCCCUGCCCAAGCAGCACCUGGUCAGCAAUGGAACGGCCCUCUUCGCCCCAACCACCAUCAUUCUGAGCUUGGAUGGCUUCCGAGCGGAUUUCCUGCAGAGAGGGUUUACGCCCAGGCUCAAUGCCCUUGUGAAGGAGGGCAUCUCGCCGCAGUACAUGAUGCCGUCUUUCCCGUCUCUUACGUUCCCCAACCAUUUCACCCUGGCCACGGGCUUGUAUCCCGAGUCGCACGGCAUCGUCGCCAACAAAUUUUGGGACCCAGACUUGAAUGCCGAGUUUCACCACACAGACCCGGCAAGGAGCCUGGACCCCAAGUGGUGGAACGGAGAGCCGUUCUGGGUGACGGCCGAGAAGCAGGGAAUUCGCGCGGCGGUGCACAUGUGGCCGGGCAGCGAGGCUCCGAUCCAAGACACCUUUGCGAGCAUUGUCGAUAAAUACAAUGGCAACGAGCCGCUGGACAGCAAAGCCUCCAGGAUUCUGGGCUUCCUCGACAUGCCGGGAAAGGAGAACCCGGCUGUCGAUGUCAAGGAUACACGGCCGCAGCUGAUCGCGGCGUAUGUCCCCAACGUCGACACCGAUGGUCACAAGUAUGGCCCGAACAGCACGGAAAUCAUGUCGACGAUUCAAAGCGUGGAUACCAUGAUUGAUAACCUCUCCAAGGGCCUUGACGCCCGCAACCUUACGAAUAUCGUCAAUGUCAUUGUUGUGUCUGACCACGGCAUGGCAACCACGGAUACGUCCCGUGUACUUCAACUCGAGGACCUGGUUGACACGUCCAAGAUUGAGCAUAUAGAUGGCUGGCCACUGUAUGGCCUGCGACCCAAGGACGACAAGGAUACCCAGCAACUAUACGAUGGGCUCAAGGACAAGGCCAAGUCCAACCCCAACUUUGACGUCUACCUCCGCGAUGUCGACAUGCCCCAGCGCUAUCACUUCUCCAAGAACCACCGCAUCGCGCCGUUGUGGAUAGAGCCCAAGGUAGGAUGGGCGAUUGUCACCAAGGAUGAAUUCGUGGUGAAUGAGGCCAAGGAGAAGGGACUCGUCUACCAUCCUCGUGGCCUGCACGGCUAUGACCACCAACACCCUCUGAUGAGAGCUAUUUUUAUCGCUCGAGGACCAGCGUUCCCGCACCAGGGGAAUAGCAGGGUCGAGCCGUUCCAAAACCUCGAAGUGUACAACAUCGUAUGCGACUCGCUGGGCAUGGAGCCGCAGCCCAACAAUGGAACGCUGAGACUGCCGCUGAAGCCAGUCGGCACCCACGAUGACACGAAACCACAAGACACGCCCGAGGAUCCACCGCCGCAAGAGUCGUCGGCUCACCCUACCGAGUUUGUCCCCACGCGGCCAACCAAACCCCGGCCCUCUUCGCCGGCGAUUGGCGUUGAUCCGCCGCCGAGCGCAUCCGCUUCCGAGCCGUCCUUGCCGGCGGCUGAUGCCCAUCAGCCCACGCGGCCGACGAAGCCUAAAGCCUCUUCUUCACUGGCAAUUGCUGAUGAUGAGCCAAAACGGCCCACGAGGCCUCCUAAGAUAUCUAGUACGGGAACACAACCCGCGGCGCAACCCACAGAGGGCAGUGGAAACAGGGACGACGAACAGGCGGCUGAUGAGGAUGGGUCGCCUGGGGAUAAAGCCAAGGGUUGGUGGCGUUGGAUUACAGACACGGUCGGCGGGAUAUGGGAUUCCAUCACUGGCUCCGGCUCCGGGUAG